AUGAAGCUGGCACCCACCUCGUUCGUGCUCUUGGCCGUCUCGCUGCCCGCCGCGCUGGCCACGCCGGCGCUCGACUCGCGCAGCAGGCACAAGGCCAACGCGGUCCGAGCCAACGACUUUAUCCGCGUCGACGGGAUGCGGCUCAAGGACAGCCACGGCGAGCCGCACUACCUCACGGGCAUGAACUACUGGGCCUGUAUGAACCUGGCCGCCGACGACAGCCUCGGCGGCGAGCAUGCGCGCUUCAUCAAGGAGCUCGACCAGAUGGCCGCCAAGGGCAUCAACCACCUGCGCAUCAUGGCCAGCUCCGAGGGCAAUCCGGAGCCGCAGCCCUUCCGCAUGUCGCCGGCGCUCCAAAAGGCGCCGAUGCAGUACGAGGAGGGCAUCUUUGUCGGCCUCGACCGCUGCCUCGCCGAGAUGGCCAAGCGCGGCAUGCGGGCCACCAUGACGCUCAACGACCAGUGGCAGUGGUCCGGCGGCUUCGCCCAGUACAUGUCCUGGGUCAACAACAACGAGCCCAUCUCCUACCCGCCCUCGUGGAACCUCACCGCGCCUCCCCAGCGCGGCGAAGGCAAGACGGGCUGGGGCAACUACACGACGACGGGCAGCUUCAGCGACUACGUCACCUACGGAAACCAGAUCUACACCAACCAAAAGGCCGAGCAGAUCUACAAGAAGCACAUCGAGACGGUCCUCAACCGCCGCAACACGGUCAACGGCCGCCUCUACAAGGACGACGCCACCAUCAUGACCUGGCAGCUCGCAAACGAGCCCCAGCCCGCCAACCCCUCGUCGUACCUGGGCCCCUAUAGCCUCGAGUACCCGCCAAACGAGCAGGACCCGCUGAUCCCCUGGGUCGACCGCAUCUCCAAGUUUAUCAAGAAGCGCGCCCCGCGCCAGCUCAUCAGCGUCGGCUUCGAGGGAAAGCAGGGAGAGUGGUUCUGGAAAAAGGUGCACGAGCCCGAGGCGGUCGACUACGGCACUACCCACGCCUGGGUGCAGAACUGGGGCAUCUACAACAUGACAGACGCCAGCCAGCAGAACCUGGACAAGGCCAAGAGCUUCGUCGACGAAUUCAUCGCCAACUCGUCGCGCUGGGCCGCCGAUAUCAAGAAGCCCGUGCUGCUCGAGGAGUUCGGCAUGGCGCGAGACAACUGGCAGAACGACGAGUCCAAGGGCGAGUACCUGUACGCGUCCAAGGCGACGACGACGCACAAGGACGACUAUUUUGAACACCUCAUCGGCCUCGUCGUCGCCGACUACGAGCGCGGCGGAGCCUACAUCGGUUCGGCGCCUUGGGCCUACGGCGGCAUCUACCGCCCCGAGACGCAGGUGGCCAACGAGUUUGGCAUGGUCUUGGCCGGUGAUCCGCCCCACGAGUCGCCCGGCUGGUACGACCUCUACGACACUGACGAGGCUAUGAACAUUGUCGAGAGGCAGAAGCGCCGGGUCGACAAGUUCCACCAGAAGCAGUGCGGGGGCAAGCAGGGUGGCGGUAAGCCGCAGUGA